GCGGCAUCUCCACAGCUACUGUACUGUGAUACUGAUCCCUGAAAGCUAAUAAAAGUCCCUUUCAUGAAACUGAUCUCUUAGAAGUGACGGCGAGCCAAAGCAUUUAGCAGCGAAACAAGCUUCUGUCGAGAAAAGGGUUUUUACAGAGCUUUCUAAGUUUCAUCAAUGGCGUCGAGGUUGCUUUGGGCUUCAAGAGCUGCUUCAUUUCUCAGGAUCUCAAUUCCCUAUAGAGGGUUUGCUUCUGUUGUGAAGGAUUUGAAGUAUGCCACCUCUCAUGAAUGGGUGAAAGUAGAAGGGGAUAAAGCAACUAUUGGCAUAACUGAUCAUGCUCAAGAUCAUUUGGGUGAUGUUGUCUAUGUUGAAUUACCAGAGAUUGGAGCCUCUGUUAAACAGGAUGGCAGCUUUGGUGCGGUAGAAAGUGUCAAGGCUACCAGUGAUAUUAACUCUCCUGUGUCGGGGAAAAUCGUUGAGGUCAAUGACGAGCUCAGCAGUUCCCCUGGUCUGGUGAACUCAAGCCCAUAUGAGAAUGGAUGGAUAAUUAAGGUGGAGGUGAGUGACAGUAAUGAACUGAAGAAUUUGAUGGACUCUGAGCAGUACUCCAAGUUCUGCGAAGAAGAAGAUUCAAAGCACUGAGAGUUCAUUGAAGAUGUCGGCAGCCUUUAUCAGAUCUUCCUUCCUUUUCUUUUUCUUCAAGUCUUCUGGAUUUCCUUUUCCUUUGUAAGACUCACAAAAAUGGUGGAAAUUUCCCCACUCAGAUCCAUAAUUUGAUCCCUUUGAAUCUGCAACUA